AUGAAAGUAGUAACCAAGGUCAUUGCUAAUAGAGUGAAGGAGUUGCUGCCUGAUAUCGUUAGUGAAGAACAAAGUGCUUUCGUCAAAGGUCGCUUAAUCACGGAUAACGCCCUAAUUGCGAUGGAUUGUUUCCAUUGGAUGAAGAACAAAAAGAUUGGGAAGAAAGGUGUUAUGGCGUUUAAGUUGGACAUGUCAAAGGCGUAUGACCGGAUAGAGUGGGAUUUCGUGGAGGGGGCUCUCGAAGCUUUCAAUUUUCCUCAUGGGCUGAUUCAUCUGAUCAAGCGGUGGAUGAUUCACAACACUACUGUCUCUAAGGAUCUUCAUGGGAUUAAGGUUGCGAGGAAAGCGCCGACAAUUUCUUACCUGUUUUUUGCGGAUGAUAGCCUUCUCUCUUCUAGGGCUAAUGAAGAGGAAGCAGAUAAGAUUCUCAGGGAGCUUAUUCGACGGAAACUGGGUUUCAAAGCUGUGGGGAGUCAUACUAGGGAUUUGGGCCUGCCGAUUGUGUUUGGUAGAUCGAAAAAAGAGGUUUUCUCCUUGGUGGUUGAGAGAGUGUGGAAAAAAGUCAAGGGAUGGAAGGAGGUUCUUAUAAAGGCUGUGGCGCAAGCGAUUCCGACAUACAUCAUGAGUUGUUAUAAACUGCCGGAUAGUUGUUGUGAUGAGAUAGAAGCAAUGUUAGCUAGAUUUUGGUGGGGAUCAAAAGACGGGGAGCGGAAAAUUCACUGGAUGAGCUGGAAUAGAAUGGUGCGGUCUAAGAGUGAAGGAGGGAUGGGAUUUCGUGGAUUCAUGGAUUUAAAUACCAACCUUCUUAGCAAGCAGUUUUGGAGACUCUUGAAUGGAGAUGGGUCUCUUAUGGUGAGAUUUUUCAAAGGCAGGUAUUAUCUUAGAAGUUCUAUUGCUGAGGUGGGGUUGGGCUUCAAGCCAAGCUAUGCUUGGAGGAGUAUCCUUAGCACUAAGGAGGCUGUGCUCAAGGGUUCUAGGUGGCAUAUCAGAAACGGCGAACAGGUAAAAAUCUGGUCUGAUAAUUGGAUCCCUUCUCUCCCGGGUUUUAAACCUCUGAAUCCUAUUGUCCCGAUUGAUCGGGAGGCUUUGGUCAGUUCCCUUAUUGAUAGUGACUUGGGCUGCUGGAAGUUGCAUACACUUAAAGAGUUAUUUGGGGAUGGUGACGUCUCUCAUAUUGCUUAUAUUCCCCUUUCUAUAGAGCUGCAAGAUGAUAAACUGAUAUGGGAUACGGAGAAAAAUGGGGAGUUUUCGAAGGUGUGGAAAGCUAGGAACUCAGUGGUGUUUGAUAAGGGUGCUCCCUGCCCUAUGUUGGUUGCUAAAGAUGUGUGGCUUUCCUCCAUUGAAUUAGACAGCAACUUGUUGGUUUCUACGGAUCGAGUGAUGCCCUCGAAGGUGGAAGCGACGUGUGGGAAUUCCUGGAUUAUCCAAACUGACACGGGGUGUUUUGAUGGAGGCAUUGUCUCUCUUGGUUGUGUUAUAAGGGCAGCAAAUUCAGAAGUUCUGCUGGCUGCCACUCAGAGGAUCACAAGUUUUGUCGCACCGGGCACGGCGGAAGCUCUUGGAAUUCGGUGGGAUCUACAACUAGCUAAGGAACCCGAGCUCGAUAAAGUGGUGCUCCAGUCGGAUGCGCUAGCCGUGGUCGACUGUAUUAAUGGCGUCUCUUUAGUGCUGGACCUGGAUCCUAUCGUUAUGGAUUGUCGUUCUUUUCGUAGUUCUCUUUUUUCAUCUACUGUUAUGUUUAUAGGAAGGGAUGCCGAUACUGAUGCUCUUAGUUUGGUGGGCAUUGGGAAGUUGGUUGACUCUCGUACUUGGUUAGGUGUUAUCCCUCGCAACGAGGAGUUUCCUGUAGUUUUAGCUAAUUUGACCUUCUUUUAA